UUAUUUGACCCCGAUUUUUAUAUAAGCUAGCUAACACAAUUUAACAGAAGUCAAAUUAAAUGGACGCUCAUAAAUCAUAUUCCGAAGAUCCCAGAUUACCAUGUCAUUAUGGGCGAAAAUGUUAUCAAAAAAAUCCCAAUCACCAUAUAAAAUAUAAACACCCUCCAGAUCCUAAAAGGAAGAAUCAGUAUAGAAAUAAUAAUGAUGAUGUUAAGAGAAGAAAGAUGGAUUUGACUACUAUUGAUAAUAAAAAAAUCAAUGAAACUGAAUUAGAGCAUGAAUUGAAUAAUAUUCCAAUUGAAGCUGAACCUUCAGAUGUUUCUACUCAAUUGAAAGUUUUCAGCAAUGAUGUAUCUGAUAGUGAUUCCGAAACUGAAUCAACUAACCCUAAUCCAAUAAACAUACAUUCAGAUCAAAAGAGCCCAACAAACAGUUCACUUGAAAAUGGAAAUUAUUUUAGGACCAAAUCAAAAGAAGAUACAACUUGCAAUCAUAUAAAUGGGCAUAAUACCGAGUUUAGCAAAGUUUAUAUCAAAUCUAAAUUUUUAUUUGAAAUGCCUGAAGAUUUUUAUAAAUUUUUUGAACUUUGUGAGCGCCUGAAUGCAGAUAACCCUAGUGAUGCCUUGAUAAGCAUUGGCUUGAAGCUUGUGGGGCCUUUUGAUGUUCUCAAUGGAAAAUUUUGUGGAGUGGAUAAAAAUAGUGAUGAUUAUUUAAUACACUGGAGGUAUUACUAUGACCCUCCCAAUCUUCAAACCAUUUUGAAAGGGGAUGAUAAAACAGGGUAUCAUAUUGGUUAUUUCAGAGAUAAUCCAGAUGAUAAACCUGUUUUUCUAGUGGAAAAUUAUGGAAUGAAAGAUGGUAUAUUGACACCUAUAGGAGAAAAUAUAUUUGGGGCGAUAAGCUCUUAUAUAGAAGAUAGAAAAAAAACCUGUGAUCCAUUCAGUAAAAUGAAAUUUAAUAAAAUUCAAAACAUAAUCAAGGAAGAAGCAGAUAAAUUAAGUUUUGAUUUAUCAAGAAAAACAAAAAAAAUGACUAAAAGAAAUGAUAAAGUGCUUUCUAGAACUUUCAACAAAGUUGGACUUGUGGUGCCUUAUGAAAGGAAAACACAAUUAGGAUACAGGAAACUGGCAAUGUCUGACAAAGAACUAGGAGAACUUUUGACUAAAAUAGACAAGGCUAAACCAGAGGAGAAAUCCAAAUUCCUUGCAGAGCUCCAGUCUGAAAUCUUGACAUGGACUGACAUUGCCUGCGAUGAAUGUGAUUUUGGAACUGGAAUCGAGCUUGGAUGGGAUAUUCUUUGUCAUGGUGUUGACUUGAGUCAUACAACUUCAAGACUGUUGGCUUCUAACUUUCGACAGCUCAAGUGGGAAGCAUUCGCUAAGAUCUCGGAAGCCCACAUGGCCAACAGAAAAAAGAGCUGCAGACUCAGCAUAAUAUGAGCUAAUUAAUAACAAAAAAAAAUAUUGAUUUAUUGUCAAGAUAUAUAUAUUUAUGCUUGGA